CUCCUGUUGUCUGUUCUAUUUUGGCCUUCCUACAGUCGCUGCAGGCUGAAGAUUUUUCUAUGACUUCAAAGCCUCGGAAGUAUGGCUUUAUCGCUUGGAUGCUGAGCACUCGUGUUGGUCUGCUGCUUUCAUUCUUAAGCAAAUCAUCAGUUCUUCUGGGAUUAUCAUUGACUGUACCGUUAAUGGUAGCGUGCCUAUCUAUUGCAAUUCCUAUAUGGAUUCGUAAUGGUUACCAGUUUUGGUCUUCAAGAGCUGAGAAUGCGGGCCGUGCAGGAAACCAUCUUACACUAGGGAUGAAAGAGGUUAGUGUGUUUUGUAAUUUUCUCCUAUUUAUUUACUGUUAAUAUCGUUGUGGUCCUCCGCACUUUUGCUGUUUAUUUGGAUUGGGUUUUCUUAAAUUUUUUAAGUAUAACUUUUACAGAUCAAUUUUUUGUUUUCAGCGAACUCUAACUAGUUUGAAUUGGGGUGUUUGAUUCACUGAGCUUUACACUUCUAUGUUUGAGGAGGUCUUUAUCUAUCGUUGAAGUCAAUUCCAUAAUCUUUUUAUUUCAUGACUGGUUGUUGAUGUAAGAACCAAAAGUCUCUUGUAUUUGUCGAAAUGACGAAGGGAAGACUACUUUAAAAGGAGGGAUUCUCAC